AUGCCCAGGAGUGGUGACCUCUGCCCACCAGUGUUCAUCAUCUUCUCUUGGGCUGUGCUUUUCUGGUCUCGGUUGAUAACCCAAAGCCUCAAUCCCUGUUUGGAGGUGGUCCCAGGAACCACUUACAGAUGCAUGGAGUUGAACCUCAGUAGAAUUCCACCUGAUAUUCCAAAUACUGUCCAGAGCCUGGAUCUGAGCUUCAACCCACUGAAGAGUCUGGCUGCAAAUAUGUUCUCCUCGGUCUUUGCAUUGAGGUUUCUGGACCUCACUAGGUGCCACAUUCAGAAGAUUGAAGAUAAUGCUUUUGAGGGCCUCUGCAACCUUUCUGUCUUGAUCCUGACUGGCAACCCUCUUCAGUUUUUGGGCCCAAGAGCUUUUCAUGAUUUGACAUCCUUACAACGACUGAUUGCUGUAGAAAUCAAUCUAUUCUCACUGGACAGACUGGCCAUUGGGCACUUGAAGUCUCUCCAGGAGCUGAAUCUGAGCAACAACUACAUUGAUUCCUUGAAGCUGCCUGAGUAUUUCUCCCGCUUCCUAUUUCUCCGUUGGUUGAGCCUCCAAUCAAACAAUAUCUCCUCCAUCUUAGUAGGAGACCUGGAUGCCUUGUCAGGCCGGAACCUCACACUGGUGUUGUCCAACAAUAACAUAAAAUUUAUCGAGGUGAAUGCCUUGGCACGGGUUUAUCUUCAGCGGUUGUCUCUGAGAUCUUGCUUUGAGAAUAAUGCCAUUAUGAAGGCCUGUCUCUGGAAUCUGUCUGGCUCACAUGUGAAUAGUCUAGUGUUAGGAGAAUAUAGGAACAUUGAGAAGUUGGAGACCUUCAGCAAAGACCUCUUGGAUGGCCUGUGUAAUGCUCACUUGCAGGAGAUAACUCUCAACAGCUUUGGGGAUGAUCUCUCAGACACAAACAGCCUCUCUGAUUGCUUGAACAAUAUUCCCACCGUGCGGCUGUUGAACAGCUAUAUUGAACAUGUUUCAUCAUUCCCAGCAAACUCCAACAUACGCCGUCUUGAAUUCGAGAACUGUAAGUUGAGAAGUGUGCCGGCUGAGAACCUGUCUUCCUUAAAGGAACUAAGGGUGCUACGCAUCACCAGAAGCCACAGAAAGCUCACUGGAUUGCAGGAAGCCUUCAAGGGUCUACAUUAUCUUGAGACCUUGGAUCUCAGUGAGAACUCCAUUAGGGAUCUCCUUUGCUGGAACUGUUUCACAGAUGAGGUUCCAAAUUUGAAGCGUUUGAAUCUUAGCUUCAAUUCUCGAAUCAAUCUACCUGCAGAGUGUUCUGGCAUCUCCAAACUGGAAUAUUUGGAUUUUCAACACACCAGCCUUCUUGAUCCGGGUAAGGUCCCGGGUUUUCUGUGCCUUGCUAAUCUCAUCUACCUUGAUAUUUCCCAUACCAGUACUAAAAUUAUGAUAGAGUGUCCCUUUUGUGGCUUGGACAACUUGCAAGUUCUAAAAAUGGCCGGUAAUACCUUUCAGAACAAUCAGUUGUUUAACAACUUCCAGAACCUCGCCAAGCUACAAAUACUGGACAUUUCCAGUUGCCAACUGCAGCAUAUCCCUCCCAGUAGCUUGGCCCACCUUCAUGAGCUCCGUGAGCUGAACGUCAGCCGUAACAAGCUUUUGGGACUCCAUUCAGAGAUCUUUGGAAGCCUCCAUGCCCUCACCACCUUGGAUUUCCAUAGCAACCAGCUGGCAGCUCUGACGGAGGACAACUUGAAGAACUUGUCCCGUAGUCUGAAGAAUAUGGACCUCUCUCACAACCUUUUUUAUUGUUCUUGCGACCACCUGAACUUCUUGCGUUGGGCAAAAGAGCACAAGGCCCUCCUUCAGCAUACCGAAAACAUGGUCUGUCAUGGCCCUGUGCACUUAAAAGAUGUCCACCUGAUGAGUUUUGACCUAUCUUCCUGCCAAGUCAGUACAACCACAGUGGCUGUUUCUGUUAGUAUCUCCCUGGUUCUGGUUUUAUCUUUGUUUCUGGUUUAUAAGUACUAUUUCCAUCUAUAUUAUAUGAUGAUAUUGCUCAGUGGAGACCGUCUCCCUUCCAAGAAGGACUGCAGCUAUGAUGCCUUUGUGAUCUACUCCAGUGAGGACCAGGAGUGGGUGAAGCAGGAGCUGCAGGAAACACUAGAAAAGGGAGUACCCCGCUUCCGCCUCUGCCUUUUCUAUCGGGACUUCCUCCCAGGUGUCUCCAUCAUCACCAACAUUAUCAAAGAAGGCUUCCAGAGCAGCAGGAAGGUCAUUGCAGUUGUCUCCAGCCACUUCUUGGAGAGCCGUUGGUGUAACUUUGAGCUUGAGGUGGCUCAGUCUUGGCAACUGCUAGACAGCAAAGCCAGCCUGGUUUUGAUUGUUUUAGAAGGGGUGGACAAAGCCGUUGUGCAACAGAAACUGGGGUUGUUCCGCUACUUGCGAAGGAACACCUAUUUGGUGUGGAAGGACCGGGAGUUGAACCGGCAUAUGUUCCUGAGGCAGUUGAAGGUGGCCUUGCUUGAAGGCAAAACGUGGAAUGAAGAAGACCUGGAACUAAUGUUAAACAACUAG